AUGGACUUGACGUUUCGUCCUCUGGAGUUAUUGAUAAAGCUCGGUGUUAGAUGGUACUCGGCAGAAACGGCCUCCAAAAUCGCGUUCAUGAUCUCAAGAGGAGCUGAUCCGUGCUUCCUCAGCAAAACAGGUGAAAGUUACCUUCAUGAGAUCCUCAUAGCGAGGACCAUGUAUCCUGGGACGAUGUACGAAAGCCUUGUCACCAAAACGCACGAUGGGGAGUUGAAAGACAUGCUAAUGCUCCUGGUCACCGCUGGUGCGGAUGUUUUCGCGGUGAACUGUUCAGGGGAGAGUGUUUCAGAUGUGGCAAUCAAGACAGGACACAUUGUUGAAUGGAAGGAAACUCUGGAGGAGUGCGGCUACGAUGUAUCAAACGUUCUCAACCACAGCGACGAGCAUGAUGAGGUCCCUCGCCAGCACCAGCAGCGCCCUUUACUCACAUUCGCCGAGUAUCUCCGAGUGAGAAAGUCGAGGCUACUCAACCUCGAGGUUGGAGAGGACGAAACCCCGCAGGAAGUCUACAGAAGAUAUUACAAAACGGCUGUACCAAAAAAUUUGCGCAUUAAAGAGAUGGACAGCAGCGACAGCGGUGACAGCGAGGAGGAAGAAUAUGAGGACGACUUUGGCGAGCAAACCGAUAGCAACUCUGACGCCGAAAGCUUCCACACGACAAUGGAAUCGGCCAACGAAGGCACUUGA